UUAAAGGGCCAAUAGAAAGAAAUUGUGAUACGUCAAAGUUUCAAGAAUGUGUACACCGGUUUUUGAAAUUUAAUAUUAGUAAAUAGUAAUUUAGUACAAUACUUUGAUAUUUUUAAAACAAAAUGUUUUUGUUGGGGUUGAUUGUGCAUAUAGUUUUUUUGUUUUCUAUAUUUGAUAUUUAUUUUAAAUCGCCUAUUGUAAGUCAUGUAAAACCAUAUCAACCUAUUCACGAAGCUCCGGCUGACCGUCUAGUAUUAUUUGUUGUUGAUGGCUUAAGAGCAGAAUCUUUCUUAAAUUAUACAACGAUGCCAUAUCUUCGAUCGGUCGCAAAUACCAAUGGUCUGUGGGGUAUAUCACGCACUAGGGUGCCCACGGAGUCAAGACCAGGUCAUGUAGCUAUAUUAGCAGGAUUCUAUGAAGACCCCUCAGCUGUUGCAAAAGGCUGGAAACAAAAUCCUGUUGACUUUGAUUCAGUGCUCAAUCAAAGUGUUUAUAGUUGGUGCUGGGGCACAUAUGAUAUAUUAGAAAUAUUUGCUAAGGAUGACUUAAGUGGGCACAUAUACACUGAAAAAAUGGAUCCUUACGAUGAAACAUACAGCCCAAAUAGAAAUACCACGACUUUGGAUAAAUGGGUAUUUGAUAGAGUAAAUGUUUUUUUUAAUAGACAAGAAUUGGACAGUGAAAUUUACAAAAAGUUACAACAUGAUAAAAUUUUAUUUUUUUUGCAUCUGUUAGGAACAGAUAGCUCUGGACACAUGCAUAAACCAAAGUCACAAAAUUUCUUAACAACUAUUAAAUUUGUUGAUGAGAAUAUUCAAGAAAUUGAACAAAUCAUAAGGAAAUUCUACAAAGAUGAUGGACGAACAGCAUUUUUAAUGACAUCUGAUCAUGGGAUGACUGAUUGGGGUUCUCAUGGUACAGGGGAUGAUCAUGAAACUGAAACCCCUUACGUCUUAUGGGGUGCUGGCGUAACACAGAUUGAAAGUGAAUCAAUACAGCUGGAUAACAACUAUGAAAUGUCUCUUGAUAACCGACAUGAUAUCAAUCAGGCCGAUCUAACUCCUUUGAUGUCUACAUUGCUUUCUAUUCCCGUUCCCGUUAACUCCAUUGGACAGUUGCCAAGUGAACUACUGAACAUGACACUUCCAAAUAAGGCUAAAGCUAUAUACAGUAACUGCAUACAGAUGAUAUCACAAUACAAUAAAAAGAGAAUGGAUAUUGAAUCCAGCGCAAUAUCAUUCCUCUACCAUCCAUAUGAACCACUCAGUAGUGAAAAAGUAGAAGAAAUACUUCAUGUAAUGGAAAUGUUAUUAGCUGAAGAAAAAUACAACAGUCUCAUUAGUUUGUGCGAAGACAUUAUGCAUUUAAGCUUAAACGGCCUCUCAUAUUAUCAUAACUAUUAUCAGAAGCCAUUGUUGAUCACUAUAUCACUAUCAUUUAUGGGCUGGAUUAUGUUUUUAUUGAAAGUAUUACUAAAACAAAGAAUAAAUACUCAAGCUGAAUAUUCUAUAGCAAGUAAAGGACUGCUUAGGCCCAAUGGAGGAGUGGACAUAGUUAUUAGAACGAUUUCUAUUCUUAUGGCUAUAUUAGCUUUUUAUUUGAUAUACGCUCAAAACUUACCAAUGCAGUAUUAUAUUUACUUUGUGAUGCCAAUAGUUAUGUGGAUGUAUGCUGUGACACCAGUCAAAUUAUGGAUGGUUACUUUAAAAUCUAUUAGAAGUAAAAAAACGCUAUUGAUGUUAUGGUUUGAAAUAGUAUGUUAUACUUUGGGAUCACUUGCUAUGGGGUUUGCUUUUAGUCAGAGAUGGGUGUUGAGCAUCCCUCUACUAGGUAUGAGCUUGUGGCCAUUUUUAUCAUCAAAACAAAACUCAAGAUCCACUUACAUUGCAUGGGUUGCUGGAUGUAUAAUGCUAAGUGUUUUUUCAUUCCUGCCAGUAGUUGGUAAAGAUGUGUGUAUUGAAUUAGUAAUUCUUGCAGGUUUAAUUUGGAUAAUAGCGGUGAGUUUCUAUGUAUGGAACACAUUGAUGCCAUACUACGACAAAAAUAACGAAAUUAAACGGGAGGCGAUUAUGAGUAUCAUACAAAUAACAAUCUUAGCAAUAUCAUUGGUAAUCAUCUUUUUGCAGUCGAAAAGGUUUAUAGACGAAAUGCCAAUAUCAAGGGUCUUUCAAAUAUUAUGUUGGAAUUUUUCUGUUAUGUUCCCUCUACUGCCACUGUUCUAUACAAAGAAAUGUAUGAAUAGACUUCUUGGUAUAAACACAUCAAUUCUCAAUUUUUACUUGCUAUUAUCUGUGUCUCACGAGGGCCUUUUUAUGGUGACACUAAUAUUUAUUUUGAACUGUUGGAUGAUUAUUGAAUAUAAACUAAUAGAUGUGGGAAAAGCAAAGAUUGACGAUUUAACUUUUGAAAGUGAUGACACUGAUAAUGAAAGAAACAUAUCGUAUAUAGAAAGAGGUAUCAAUAAACAAGAUUUCAGAAGGGCUUUCUUUUUUACAUUAUUUAUAAUACUAGCUUACUUUGGAACAGGAAACAUAGCUUCAUUGAAUUCAUUUGAAGUCAGGUGGGUGUUGUGUUUCACAACAUCGUUUCAGCCAUUCGUAAUAACAACAUUAAUUCUGCUGAAAACUUUGUCUCCGUUUUUAAGUGUUGCCUGCACAUUUAGGGCCAUACAAAUAUUUACAAAGGCUCCCGUUGGCUGUUUGAACAUAAUUGUGCUGAUAUUUUCAAAUAUAAUGGGAAUCCAAAUGUUAUUUCAAGUUAGAAACACUGGAAGUUGGCUUGAGAUAGGAACAUCAAUAUCUCAGUUUGUCAUAGUACAAACAAUUACAUUAUUUAUUGUUUUAAUAAGUCAAAUAGCUAAAAUAUUCACCGGAACGGAUCUGUAUGGUACAUUACUUAAGUUAUUAAUGACUAAAAAAAAAUACGCUUAACCUGAAUACUCUGUGUAUUCAGAAUAAAUUAAACUUUAACCAA